AUGAACUUAAAACUCAGCGGUGCCUCACUAGCAUCAACAUCAAUUGCGGCCCCUGUAGUUUUUAAACCAGCAGAAACCAAUUUUCGUCUUACUUAUAAGAAAAAAGAGCUUGAAACUUCUGAUUUUGACGAAGUUAUAAAUCGAUGCAGAACUUUGAUCAAGAAGAUUUCAAAUCCACCAAGCAAAAGUAGUAUACAAUACUACGAAGAGUUUACUCGACCAUCAUUUGCUCAUUUUACUAUAGAAAACGAAACAAAACCAUUUUACGAUGCUUCGAUGGCUGUUACAGAGUUUGUAGGAAUGCUAACGAAUCCGUAUUUUGAACCUAACAAGCAGAAGUUCGUCAGUCAUAUUGGCGGCAAAAUCCAAGAAGAAUGGCAAGAAUGUUCUCGGUGUCCUCAGUUGCAACAAAUAAUGAAAGCAGCAUUUGGUAUCAUUGCCGAUAUUAGAGACUUUAUAGAAAAAUCAUAUACUCCUUCUCUUCUUAUUUUCAUCGCAAACACAUUAUUACUUCAAUCUUCGAUUUCUCAAACGCAAUCUUAUCAAUUAGUUCUCGAAAUAUACGCUCAGGCAUUCGUAUUUAAAGUUAUCGAAAAGCAUAAAGACAGAAUUCAAGGAUUUAUCGAAAAUGAAAGACAAAUCAAGCAUGAUUACAUAUUUGCUGAGGAAGCACCCGAGAAAAACAAUACAGAUUUCCGAGAUUUUAUACAAUUAGUUACUGUAUUAGCUAGAAUGAGAAAAGAUCCAGAUUUUGGUCGACAUUUUUAUUCAAUGGGUACAGAAAUCAUUUCUUCAGCUACAGAUUUUACUCAGCCGCGCUUUGUUGCUGCUUUUAUUAAACUUUUAGCAUCUUUAUCCGUAGAUAAAGAAACAUCUGAAUUAGUUUACGAUAGAUUAGCAAAAUCCAACUCGCAAUUGAUAAAUUUACCUCAUUUCUUACAAGCCAUAUCAGGUUAUGCAGAUGAUUUCAAUCAAUCUCAAGCAAAUGUUGCAAAAUUAUCAGAAGAUGAUUCUAGUACACUUGAAUCGAUUUUCAGAUUACUUUCAUCAUUAUUCAAGCAUAGCGAACUAUGCCGUCGCGAAAUUAUCAACUCAAACAACUUAAUAAAUAAUUUAAUAACUUAUGUAUCAUCUAUGAUCCCUGCGACCCUCAAAUCAUGUUGCUACGAUACCCUAUCGGAAAUUUCGCAGGAUGAAACGUAUACAGUUGAAAUCUGGAAAAAAUUUGUUUUUACAGAAAUUUUAACACCGGAUAAUGUCCAAUCUGGCACCGGCGGCAUCAUCCUUGAUAUAGAGAAGACAGAAUUGGCUGAGCGCGCUUAUCCUCUUAUGCGUUCUUUCGUGAGAUUUUUAUCGAAAUUAGUACAAAACGCUCCUCCACCGUUAAACUUCGAACAUAUCCAUGUGUUCUUGCUUGAGUUCUGCUUAUUAAAGCUACCAGAUAGACUAUACGCCCACUUUAACGAAAAAUGGUCGAUCUUAUGCGAAAUUUGCCAAGUUUGGACUAAUUUAUUCAAAUACGACAAGGUCCACUACAACCUUGUUAUGCGUUCUGCGCUUUGCGAUCAAAGAUUUAUCCGUGGAUUACUUACAAUCGUUGUAGAAGACGAAACUCCACUUGAAACAUUAUUAUGCGUAUACAGAUUAUUGUUUACUAUCUCCCAGCAUGAAGAAGAGUUCUUCCAGAACCCAGAUUCGAGUUUCCAUUCAUCUGUCGUUUCUUUAAGCCAACAAGUAUCAUGGUCCUCUGAUUUCCUUAAGAAGCUCAUUCUUUCUGUUGCAGAAAACGACAAAGAUGUUCAGAUUUCUGCAAUUUCAUUGAGCCAAUACCUCGCAAACAACGCCGCUCAGAUCGUACAGGUCGUUUUUACUUCUGUAAAGCCAAUCCCGUGCUUUAUCAAGGUCAUAGAACGCGAUGAAGAGGAAGAACCGAGUAAAAUUGGAAAUGAAGAAACUUGUGUAAGGGUCAGACUGCUUAAAUUCCUUGUAUCAUUAGGGUCCUCGUCGUAUUUCGCUCGUUACGUUAGCGGUUUUGAUGUUUCAGAUCCACCAACUUCAUUAUUAAAGUCCACAUUAGAGAAGGGCAUCAUCCCCAAGCUUGUUGAGAAGAUGGGAACGACGAUGGCCGCCAAGAACUAUCCAAGAUUCGCAGCAGCUUCCCUUCAGUUAAUGUUAAUGCUAUGCGACCACUCAUUGACGGUUUCUCCACUUUUGAGUUCACUUCGCAGUUCCCCGCACUCCUUCUUCGACCGCCAACUCGUAAAUCUGCAGGACAACCACUCCUCCAUGACUGCCAUUGGUUGUUUCUUAAUGCUUCUCGCGAGGGAAGCUAUGGAAUCAGCCAAAAACAGCUCAGGAACGACCUUACACGUUGUACAGAUACUUCUCAACGUUGUCGGCUUCUCGGAGCAAAGGUCACGUGUUGUUCUUGCCUUCGAGUUCAUUGAUAGAAUCGAUGAUUCCGAUGAAGCAACAUUAAUUGCGAAAGGAAUGUUCCAAGCUGUUGUUUCUUUUAUCACAAACAAGAAUGUGAUCAUUUCCGCCAAGCAUUGGGGCAAUGCAUGGAUCUCUUUCAUGAUACACCUUCUUAACAAGAUAACAACAGUCUCCAACAGUGAAACAACGAUGUAUCUUUCUCAAGCAGUUGGUUUCAUUGGCCAUUCAAUUUUCGCCGAUAAAAUUUUCGGAAAAAUUGACAAACACGAUAUUUUAGUAUCAUUCAAUGCACUUAUUGAAGCAUUGAUAUCCUUACACAUCAACAGACACAGUGAUUCUAUGCUUGGUGUCUAUUCUUUGUUCACUUCUUUACUUGCGAACAGAGAAAUUGAUGAAGAACUUUGUCAGAUUUAUCUUGAGAAUUCCUCACGAAUUUCUUCAUGUUUCCUUGAUGACAUGAAGAACCAGAUACCUGUAACAAAAGCAGCUGUUUUCGCAGCAGCAGAAUCAUUAGUAAGUUUCGCGAAAGACUCAAGUUUAGAUGAGUUUAUUUCGUAUUCAAUUGCACAAUUACCAACUGAUUGGUUAAUUUUCGAUGAAGAUAAUGAUGCAGGCGCUUUCGUUCUUGGCAGCAAAUUCUCCUUCUUUACAAGAGUUAUUUCAAGUGGUUCUGAUCCUUCCAUUUUUAUUCAGAGAGGAUUAAUCACUUUGAUUGGUCAUAAAUCGAUGUGGGAAUCACUUGGAGAGUCAUUCUCUACAUCAACGAACUCUCCAAUAUCUGAAUUGAUAUUGCAGACAGCUUCUAAAGCAAUCAAAGCAAUGUCUGCACUCGCGGCAAGUUCUUCUAAUAAUGAAGACGUAAAGAAACAAAGUCGACAAUUUAUUUCUGAUUUCGCUGAAACAUUUUCAAGUGUAUUUCAGUUUGGCGGCUUCUUUACUUUGGACGCUUUGCAGAUGAUCACUGACUUAGUUUGUUUCAUGUCAUUAGUUCCAUCAGCUGUUGAUAAGUAUCUGAUGAAUAGAUUGGCAUCAUUAAGACAAAGAUUUAUUGGAAAUGAACAAUGGAGAGAAUUGCUGAGAAAAAAGGCUGGAAAAGCUGAUAUUCCUUCGCCAAAGACGUACCAGAUAGCAAUUGGAAUGACUAAGAGGAUAAUCAUGGCAGUGAAUUACAUGAUUCCACAAAAGAAAUGA